AUGGAGCACUCGCCCAGCUCCUCAAAACCAUCCGGGAUCCCGCGAAUUUCGAGGCUUCCUGUACCUCGCUCAUCACUCCGAACUGCACCGUCUCGAGAAAACCUACAGCAGGCUCAAAAACCGACAGGUAUCAUAAACCCCCGCCUAAGGGCCGCUCCCUCACGAGAUCAGCUGGCUUCAUCGACGACCAUCAGACCUCGCAUACCAUCGACGCCAGUCAGAAGCCGCGAUUCUAUAUCCGCACUCCCUCGAGAUCGUGAUGCCUCAACAGGUAGCCUUACGCCAAUUCUGCAAUCGCUCUCGCGAAGGACGAGCUAUAACACAUUAUACCAAAAGCCAUCUCAGCCAUUCUUUGCCGAAACGCCAGGUGGAAGAGGAGACAAGGAUAAUGAUGAGUCUGCAAUGGAGGAUACCGCUUCAAAUGAAGACCCUGAAGAGCCAGAUCUAGGCAAGCGUUCUCGGAAACCCAGACCCUCGCUCUCAGAACGGACAAUGGAAACCCUCCAAAGAAUCCCCUCUUCUCCUGCUGUGAGGCGAAGAGGAUCCAGCUUCUACAGUACCGAAAACCCGAUGCGACCAACUUCAAGCGGCAGAGUCACAUCUAGGCCAGGUUCCCGCCAGCAGAUGGAUACAUCCAUGCGGCCUCCCUCACAGACGUCUUCAAGGCCAACAUCAAGAGCAGGCCAGUUCCAGAAUAAUUCCCAACAUGACUUCCGUGCCUCUACAAACACAUAUCAAACGAAUCCAACGCAGGGAAUUUUCUCAACCCAUGGCCAACCCGGGCGAUCUGGUGUAGGGAGGCUUGUCAGAAAGCCGUCAAAUAUCCAGAGUAACCUUCCUCAAACGCCAAAUGCGCCGAUAUCAAAGCUUCCGUCUCCAAUAUUCAGUGUCUCCCCGCGAGAACGCUCUCCCAGCCCCGCAAAACCAAAUAUGAAGGCUCCUACACCAAAAGCGGGAAGUAAAACUCUUUCUUCACGGACGUUGAAGCCACGGGCUUCAGUUAAUGGACUUUUCCGGAAGCCAUCAAUGUCUAGUUUGGAUCAAGUUAGUGAUAUCGACCGGAUAGGAUUUGGACAAAAAAAGAAAACCGCAACGCUUUCAAAUACAUCGUCAGAAGCAACUUCUACAACCUCAAGAAUCUCGUCCGUCACGAGCAAAACGACUGUAUCUAAUGGAAACGGCGACACUACUCCGAGAAAAUCUUCCUCUGCGCUUCGUGAUCAAAUAUCCAAAGCAAAAGCUGCGAAGCGCGCCGCAGCAGCGAAAAAUACAACAAUCAACACCAUAUCCCAAGACGAUGAGGUCCCAGUAAUAGCGAGUGGUACAUUUGAUUUCGGUUUGCCCAGCAACCCAUUCAACCAAGGCGAAAAUGAUAACGGAGCCAAAGGCCUUCUUCGAAAGCGUAUUGAUGCGGCACGUACGGAUGGACGUCUGAACAUUGCUGGUAUGGGCUUCAAAGAGAUACCCGACGAAGUCAUGAACAUGUACAAUCUAGACGUCGUGGGGGCUAACGGGGGUUCAUGGGCUGAAUCUGUCGACCUGACGAGGCUGAUUGCAGCUGAUAAUGAGUUGGAGGUAAUUCAGGAUGACAUCUUCCCGGACUUGGAUCCUAGAGACAGCAUGAACGACGAGGAUGGGAAGGGCAAUCAAUUCGGAGGUUUGGAGACCCUUGACUUGCACGGCAAUAUGUUGAAGGCGCUCCCAGUCGGACUGAGGAGGCUCGAGCUGCUGACGACGGUGAACCUAUCUAGCAAUAAAUUGGGCAACGAUACAUUUGACAUAAUCUGUCAACUGUUUUCGCUCCGUGAUCUUAAAAUGGGUAGCAACGAUCUUUCUGGGUUGCUAGAUACUCGGAUAGCCAAUCUUAAGAAUUUAGAGGUCCUAGACGUACAGCGUAAUGCGCUAACACAACUUCCCGAUGAGUUAUCUAACCUUGUCAGCCUUCGAGUGCUGAAUGUCAGAGAGAAUAAGCUAAAUGCUCUUCCUUUCGAUAGCUUACACCGACUACCACUUGUAGAAGUACUUGCCUCAAAGAACAGACUCUCCGGGGCUCUCAUAUCUGAUAAAGUUGAAGAGCUUGAGCAUCUACAAGUUUUGGAUGUCUCCUGUAACUCACUUCUGAGUCUCACUGGAGGGGUGCUUCGACUGCCUUCCCUUCACCAACUUGAUUGUUCAGCGAAUCGGCUGACUAGCCUCCCGGAUCUCACAUCUUGGGUCAGCCUUCUCACAAUUGCGGCGGAGGAUAACAACAUAUCUUCGUUGCCAACUGGCUUUACGCAAUUACCUAGAGUGAGAAACGUUGAUCUGAACGGCAAUAAUCUCAAGGUCUUGGAUGACGAGAUUGGAGGCAUGGCUAGCCUAUACAUGUUCCGUAUUAGUGGCAAUCCGUUGCGGGAAAAGAAAUUCGCGAGUAUGCCUACGGACGAUCUCAAGCGUGCUCUGAAGUCAAGGAUGGCUCCAUCCACAGAAACAUCGUCAACUGAGAAUACAGAGAAGGAUCCAGAUCUUGAGGGUGCUUUUUAUUCUGCGCCAAACUCCCCAUUGUCACCACGCCCAACAUCAUCCGAUUGGCCGGUGAUAGGUGGAACUACCCUGGACAGGUCAAACACGCAAUCACAUUCUUUAAAUCCGGUCGCAGCAGCCCAGAUUGCCUCUAACAACAACAUCAAAUCUCUCGAAUUGCAUCACAACAAAUUCGAAAUGAUACCGAACUCGAUUGCUUUCUUCGCGAGCACUCUCACAUCGCUGAACCUUGCUCACAACGAACUGACAGGGGACAUGUUCAUGAAAGACGACCUUGAGUUACCUGCCCUGAAAGAGCUGAAUUUGAGCUCCAAUACUUUUAACUCUUUACAGCCUCUGUUUCAGUAUCUGAAAGCACCGGAGCUGGAGAGACUCGAUAUUAGUUUUAAUCGUCUUACCUCACUUCCCAUCUUGCGCCAACAUUUCCCCAAGCUAAUUAAUGUCUUCGCCUCACACAAUACGAUUCGAGAGCUUUCACCAGAAGCAGUCAGAGGUCUUAGAAUACUAGAUUGCAGCAGUAAUGAUAUCAACAGUCUGAAUGCUCGCAUCGGUCUUCUUGGUGGGCCUGGUGGCCUCCAUACUUUGAAUGUUAGUGGUAAUCGAUUCCGAGUGCCGAAGUACACCAUCUUGGAGAAAGGAACUGAAACUACGCUCGCGUGGUUGAGAGAUCGAAUUCCGACCAAUGAUACUAGUACAGAUGUUGACUAG